AGUCCAAAGUGGCUGAUGCCCAGAUCUGUGGCUGGGUGGAGAGGUCUCACACAGCUGCCAAGCUGCGCUGCGAACACAAGCACCAUCUCUCCGUGAGCUGGAGGCGAGCUGGACUUUCUGAGUCGCAACAGAAGCGCGGAGAGACCCUCCCGGUUCGGUUCGGAGGGGCGAUAACAACAAGGCACGGAGAAGAGAUAUAACGCACCGGAGCCGAGCAGAAGACGCAGCGCUGUCAGAGACACGGGCACGGGCUGAAGGAGCGCUGAUCGGAGUCCAAGUUCUCCGCAGACUGCGCCGAUGGCAUCCGUACUGGGAAACUGCAGCCGCGCGUCGGGCGCUCCGAGCGGCCAGGUCAGGUGCAAGCUGAAGCGGAGGAGGAGGCGAUCCAAGAGAAAAGAGAAAGUCAGCAUGCUGUCCGCAUUGAUCGCUCCCUUCAAGUACAUAAGCCCUGGGACCAGCACGGAGGACGAGGACAGUUUAAGCACCAGCAGUGCCGAGGUUAAAGAAAACCGUAACAUUGGUAACUUGGAGGGCCGCUCUUUGUCUUCUGGUGAGUGCGAGGCUCUUUUCGGCUCUGACUCGACCAGAAGUGGAAGUUCUGGUCUGAAGAGGAAACGGCCCUUAGAGGAGGAUAAAAACGGGCAUCUGUGUCAGCUUCGUCUCAUUUGUAAGAAACUUUCCUGGUCGGAGACCCCAAAGAACGCACUGGUGCAGCUGAAUGAGCUUCGUCCGGGUCUGCAGUACCACAUGGUGUCCCAGACGGGCCCCGUCCAUGCUCCACUCUUCUCCAUAGCCGUGGAGGUUAAUGGACUGACCUUUGAAGGUACAGGACCAACAAAGAAGAAAGCUAAGAUGAGGGCGGCGGAGCUGGCGCUCAAGUCCUUCAUCCAGUUCCCUAACGCUCCUCAGGCCCACCUGGCCAUGGGCAACAUCUCCAACCCCUCAGCUGACUUCACAUCUGACCAGGCUGACUUCCCAGAGACACUCUUUAAGGAGUUUGAGCCGUCACCAUGUUCCGAUGGCCUCUCGCUCUGCAGCUCCGCAAGUGAGAGCGAGUUCCUAUCAAGUGAGUUGCUCAGACAUGGAAGGCUGCUCAGGCACACGUUGGACCUCAUGGUCCAGGCUCAGCAGAGGCUUGGAGGGAUUGUUCCAGACCCCGAGGCCCCAAAAGGCCCGGUGGCACUGCUCAACGAGCUCCGGCCUGGCUUACGCUACGCCUGCCUGUCAGAGCGAGCCAAAGGACGGCGGCUACGUAGCUUUGUGAUGGCGGUGCGUGUGGAUGGACGCAUAUUUGAAGGCUGCGGUCGCAGUAAGAAGCUUGCCAAGAGCCAGGCAGCACAGUGUGCCCUUCAGGCCCUCUUCAACAUCAGGACAGUGCCUGAGGGAAGAACUGGUCUGAAAACCAGCAGGAAGAGUUGCCCCCAUUUACCCCAGGACUUUGCCGAUUCGGUAUUCCAGCUGGUGAAGGAGAAGUACCGGUUGCUGGUGGGCAGCUGCAGUCUGGCCCACGCUCGACACAAAUCCCUAGCAGGCAUCGUAAUGACCCGAGAUCUGGACCUGAGGCGCGCCCAGGUGGUGGCACUCGCCACAGGCACCAAAUGUAUCAACGGGGAAUACCUGAGUGAUCAAGGACAGGUGGUCAAUGACUGUCACGCUGAGGUCACAGCUCGUAGAGCUCUGCUGCGCUUCCUCUACUCUCAACUGGAACUCUUCUUGAGUAAAAGGAUAGAAGACUGGGAGGAGUCGAUAUUCGUCCGCCACAAAGAGCGCGGCUACAGGCUGAGAGACAACGUCCACUUCCACAUGUACAUCAGCACGUCACCGUGUGGAGACGGGAGGCUCAACUCGCCCUACGAAAUCACCAGUGAUCUGCACAGCAGCAGACACCUCAUGAGGAAGCACCGGAGCCACCUCCGCACUAAGAUCGAGUCCGGAGAGGGAACGGUGCCGCUGCGGUUCCGGGGGCCUGUCCAGGCGUGGGACGGUGUCUUACAAGGAGAGCAGCUCAUCACCAUGUCCUGCACUGACAAGAUCACCAGGUGGAACAUCCUGGGCCUACAGGGGGCGUUGCUGAGCCACUUUAUAGAGCCGGUGUACCUGCACAGCCUGACAGUUGGCAGCCUGCAUCACACGGGCCAUCUGGGCCGGGUUCUGAACCAGCGUCAGGAGCGUUUGGGCCCUCUUCCUGCAACAUACAGACGCAACCAGCCCCUGCUGAGCGGACUGAGCAACUCUGAGUACCAGCAGCAAGGGAAGGCCACGUGCGUUAGCAUCAACUGGACGCUUGGCGACACACAGAUGGAGGUGGUCAACACCACAACGGGACAGCGGCGGGAUUCAGGGACGCCAUCUCGUCUUUGCAAGCAUGCCCUGUACACCCGCUGGAAUCGACUCUACCGAAAGUUGGGUGUCCACUUGUCCAGCUCGGAGGACCGUCAGCUCAUGUACUGUGAGGCCAAGAUGGUGGCGCGCCUUUACCAGAUGGCCAAGCAGCAGUGGUUCAGAUCUCUGCAGGAAACGGGCCUUGGUACCUGGGUGAAGAAGCCUCCAGAGCAGGAGCAGUUCCUGCUGUCAGUCUGAGAGACUCAGUGUGUGUGUUUGUGUGUGUGUGUGUGUGUGUGUGUGUGUGUGUGUGUGUGUGUGUGUGUGUGUGUGUGUGUGUGUGUGUGUGUGUGUGUGUGUGUGUGUGUGUGUGUGUGUGUGUGUGUGUGUGUGUGUGCGUGACCUUUAUUUUUUAGGCUAAGAUAACUCAUUUUACGAGUUCAUACCUGGAAGUGUACCAUCUACCCUAUCUCCGUUGGCUCCAUGUGUGUUUGGGACUCAUUCGGGUCCCGUCGCUCAUCCAACCAGAACAAAACCAGCUAGCAGAGGUCGGCUGAGAGGACCUGAAGAAAAAGAGACAUGUAAAGCUGAAUUGUUUUUUUCUGACUUUCUUUAAAUACACAAACACACAGGUUUAAACAAACACCCUUCUAAGUACACACACCCCCACCACCACCCCUCCUUUGGCUGUCAAGGAAAGGGUUGGGGUAACCUUGAGCAGAAUGAAAGGCAGCCGCUAUCGUGUCAUCAGCUAUUUUCGGGCCCCGAGGCUCCCGCUGAGGAGCCGAGUCACCGGGGAGAGAGCGAGAUGGACGGAGAAAGGGAUGAAAGAUGAUGAAAAAAAGAGGGUCCACGUCCAAUUACCGGCCCUGUCAGGGUGACGGGUGAUGGAAACAGAAGCAGGGAGCGAGGAACGAGAAGGACAGCCUGCUUCACCUCUUUUACUACUGCCCUCCUUCUCAAUUCAUCCGUUCACUCCAGAUCUCCCUCCUCUCUGAGCUCCCUCCCUGCCUCCCUUGGGAGAGCUGAACAUGACACAACGACAGGUGAAUGCAUCUCUGGAGGAGGUGAGGUGCAUAAAUGCAGCCAUUUUCGCUCGCCUAAAACCACGACGAGGUGACAAUGGAAGAGUAGGAGGAGAAGAGCGGUGUACUUCCACUUUCAUCGUGUCUCUUGACCUGCGUGGCCUUUGGCUAAGGAUGUCAUCAGCAGUAGUUGCAUUAACGAGCGACGCCUCACUGACCCGAUCGCCUUGUGCUGUUGUUAAGCAGUGGUGACCUCUGACCUGAUGCUGUAGGUGGUACUGUAAGAGGAAGUCCAUGCCCCUGAUGUGAUGUUUAACCCUCCUAAACCUUCAUUAGCACCACCAGGUACACCAACCUGUUAGUGGGACUCCGUUCUGCAGCUUUAUGUUGAUAAUGAUCAUGACUGUAUUGUUCUGUCACCUCUGCAUCCUCCUUCAAUAAUUCAGUCAGUCAGCAGCAACAUCCAAACAGUGAGAGUGACUUCUAGUGGUGCCUGCUAGUAACGUCCUCCAGGAACAGCAGGUCCAACAGAUUCAACAUUCUUUAUUGUUUCCUUAUGAAGAUAAAAAUGUUAGAUUUUAUUUGCAUUGUGUGGGCUGAGGUGGUGUGGUGUGUGACCAGUACGGGGUUGUUUUUUUAAUUUUUUUUUAAACUAAAGUUACGUUACUUUAGUGGUUAUUUAAACCUCUCCAAAUAUUAGGAAUAAGACAAUCAUGCUGACAAACUGGUUAAACACGGUUUUAUUAUCAAAUUUGGACCUUUAAGAUAAUAAAAUCAAAUUGGCCCAUAAUCACAUUAUCUUCCUGUUACUUUGUUGUUGUUUUUUACAUUUAGUGUUAUUGUAAAUACUUUUAUAAACAUCCCAAGGACUUGUGGGACAGCAUAUAUAUGUUAAGUAUGAAUACUUAAAUAACCAUUAGGUCAUUGUUGGAAUUUAUGUAGAAACGGUCCCAGUCCCCCAGGUUAUGUUCAUCCUAAAAUUAGAACCAAAGCAGUCAGAUUCAUUUUUAUUUUUUAUUAUUUUUAACUACUUUCUUAAAAAAGACCUUUUUAGUUCUGAAGCACAAAAAAACACAGCUCGGAUUUUUUAGGCUGUUCAUCUACCUGCACCAGUCUGGUUAAGCCACGCCCACUUCAGACCCAAGAGAUGCCACCAUGUUUGGAAAAAUAAUUCAAUUCUUCAAAAAUAACAUGUUACCAUCAGUGAACACUUAAUAAUUAAUAAUAUACAUCAAUGAAGAGAUACUUUGUUUAUUAAUGCUUAAUAAUGCACUUAGUAAAGUUAAUAAAGGUAACAGUAACCGAAACAAGAUCUCGACUAGUUCUGGAUUUCUAGGUGAACUGUAUAUUUUUCAGAUGUUUCAUCUGUUUUUUAAUCCGAUUAAACUAAACGAUGUGUUAAUCCAAUCGUGUGCACAGCGAUGAUCGCGUACAUGAAUAAAAUUCCAGAAUUAGAAAAGCUCAAAGGCCAGAACAUUAAUAACCAUUCAUCAUCACAGAAAUGGCACAAACAUCAUUAUCAUGACGGCUUAAGUUAGCCACCACACUGAGGGAUGACAAAUAAAAGGCAUGUUUAAAUGGCAAUAUUGUAUUAAAAUCUGUAGAAUUGUAAAUACAAAUGUAUAAAAGAUGCUGAUGAAGAUGUGAAAGAAAUCUGAAACUGUCCAGUUCUGAUGUAAAUUGAAGAGGAAUUGCUGCUAAGGUCUGUAAAUUGCACUCCAGUAACACAAAAGUGAAUGUUUGUACUGUACAUGUGAAUAAAACCUCUAAAUCUUGUAUUUCAUA